CUGUAUGUCUUAAGGAGACUACGACGUCGUACACAACGCGCUGCCAAAAAUAAAAAACGGCAGGACCCGGACGAAACGGAAUCGGACCAAUCCUACGAGGCUGAGGAUCAGGACGAAGAGGUGGACAAAGCCUAUUCUCAGGCUGAACUGGAAAAUAUGAUGAAGAAAGCGUCGCGGAUCGCCAUGGACGAGGUAGGCUUGACCAGCUUAGCAAGUCUUUAUGAAUGA